CUCUUGAGACCCAAUUCCAUCGCAAUACUAUCGGUCAAAUCCUGCAGUCUAGUUCUAAGAAAAUCGGGGUUCUUAUUAUUCCUUCGGCGACUCUCGAUCGAUCGAACAAGAGAAAAAAGAUAGAAGCCAAUCUUUGGUCACUCAGUCAUUUCCUCCCGUGAAAGAAGCAAUCUCAGGGCAAAACAAACAUGGAGGGUCAUGAUUUACCUUUGCCCGAAAAUUACUACGGUGGUUCAUCGCGCACGCCUUUGUUCCUCUUUGAAUUCGGAAUGCGGCGGAUGGCGGAUUCGUCGGAGACUAACGAAAUGGCGGAACCGCAAGAAGCCGAAGCCGUUCCGCCAAUCGAAUUUACCCAUCACCAACUCAUUGCCGGAAUGUGGACCACCCGUAUCACCGGCGUCAUUUCACUAGUCAGUUCUCUCGUUGUGGUGAGGAGAGCGUUGAAACGUCGCCGAAAGGUUUUUCACCGACUGAUUCUUGGUAAGUAUUUUCCAUUUCAUACGACGUAGCAGCGAUUGGUAGAUUUUGCAUUGAUUCACCAUGAUUCAGCCAUUAGCAAAUCUAACAAAUUAUUGCAAUUUGGGAUGCAUUUCGUGGUUGACGCGUGAAUUCCAGGGAUGGGAGUUCAUCUCAUGAUUUUUGGUGCUUGCAACGUCGUCGGAACGGCAGCAGUACCAAAAGGAAGCACAAACGCAGUAGGCAACCACGGAACCGUCACCACUUGCACAGUCCAGGGCUUCCUCAUCUACGUUUCGCUUAUGACGGCAUUUUCGUACUACUGCAGCUUUUCCGUUUAUUCAUAUGUGGGAACCCUAAAAAAUUUUGACAAGUCGGCCUUUCAAAAUGGGAUGGAAACAUAUAUACACGUCUUGGUACAUCUGUAUCCCUUGGCGACAGCCCUAUACAUAACGUCGCAACAAUUGUUCAAUAACACCGGAUUUGGUUACUGCUUUGUGGAGGGCGACCCCAUUGGUUGCGGGGGUAGCCCCCGGGCAACAAACGAGGCAAUUGUUCCCUGCGAUCGGGGAGGACAGACGUAUCAGACCAUCCAAUUGGUGGAAUUGCUGUGGGACAUUCCACUGUUCAUCAUGUUGCUAUUCCCAACCGCAGUCAUGAUCACUUUAUAUCUCAAGGUGAAAAAGCGACAGGACUCGAUUCUCAUUCUUUCCUGUGAAGUGGCUCAGCAGUCACUGUAUUAUCUGUUGGUUAUAUACGCGGGAGUGAUUCCUUCUGCCGUUGUACACACGUUGGAUUGGUUUCAGUUCCUCACCACCGAAUUGGCAACAAAUCUAACCCUUUUUUCGAACGUGAUGGCUACUCUUUGUGGGCUAUGGACCGUGAUAAUGUAUUUAUACUUCUCCAACCCUAAAACUGAAUCUGUUCAAAAAUACCGAGGUGGCGAGGAGGACGGCGACGGCAGAGAAAAUAACAAUGACAGCGCCGACGAAUUGGACCCAUCCUUGAGCGAUGGAGUAAGAAUGAAUUCAGGAGAGAGCGGUGCCAACAUUUUCAGUUUUUGCCCCGAAACGGAAACAGAGCACAACAGCACCAACGACAAUAACCAAAGCAAUCACUUAUCAUUAGUAGCAGCAGGAACGAAAACCACGAAUACGGAUCCAACAAAUGCAUCGACGAGACGGAGGAAUUCUAGCACCAAAAGCAGAAACAGGUCCGGUAGCGAUAGAGUGAGCAGGAAGUUUAGUUUCAAUAUUUUCGAUGGCACCAAUGCAUCAUCGGCAUAUUCUGACUUCAUUUUCGACGGAGAUUCCGAAGACGAACGGGAAGACCACAGAGAAACACAACAAUGGAGCUCGGUGCAGGAUCAGAUAUAGCAAUAGCAACUCUAAACCCAGCGGAAUGGAAACGAUAUCCAUCUGCAUUACACCUACAAUAGUAUAGUAUUUGUCAUGAUAAUGUAAAACUGC